AUGAAUAUAGAUAACUUAUUGGAGUAGACUCAUCGUAACACUAGGAGAGGCAUAGUAUUUUCCCAUACUCGGAAGACUUUUACAAUAAAGCCAGACUCACCAAAAACAAGAGAAGCAUGCCUAGCUUUAGGAUAUGAUCCAUAAAUCUUUUAAUUUAAGUAAUUGUUUUAUAAUUCUAUAAUAUAGAACAUUUGAAGAGUUUGCAGAACCAGGAAUAAGCGAAAAUGUUUAAAAAAUGAGAUAUGAUCAUUACAUGAAAAAGACUGAAAGUAAAACGGAAAAUGGAUUAAAAUAGGUGCUUUGUAAGAAAUAAGCAAGAUGCGUAAAGUGAUAAUCAAGAAAUAAAAAGCCAUCACAAAUCUACAUUUGGAGUAGAGUUAUUAGAGAGAUGAGGAGUAUGAAAUUUUAAUUAUUUAAGAUUAGUGAAUGAUUUGAUUGAGACAUACAAUAAGAAGAUGAGUAACAUAAAUAAUGAAGAUAAGGAUGAUUCCUAUCUUUCAUUUGAUGAUGAGGAUCCUAUUCUAGUAUUAGAAUAGCAAUUAGAAAAGGAGAUAGCAAAAUAUAAGAAAUAAUUAUAAGUGAAAGCCAAAGAAGUACAACAUUAAUUAGAGAAUGAAAAAAAAAGAUAAAAAUUAUAACAUGAUAUGAUUGAAAGAGAGAAAAAGAUUGAGGAAUUGCAAUAAAAAAUAGCACAUUAGAAAGAAAUUAAAAAAAAAGAAUUAAAAAGAGCUGCAUAGAAAAAGUUUAAUGAAAUUAAAGAAAAAGAAAGAGAAAAAUAAAGAAAAUUAUUAGAAGAUAAAUAAAAGUAAGCUGAAAAAUUUGAGAAAAUGUAAUUCAUUUAUAUAUAUAAAUAAGACGUAAGAAAUUAGAAGAAGAUGAAUUAUAGUAAAAGAAAGAAUUAGAGGAAUAAGAAAGAAAAUAUUAAGAAAGAAGACAUAUUAUUAAAUAAAGAAAAUAAAUAUAAGAUAAAGAAUACAAUUUACACUUGGCAUCAACAAUGAAUCAAAUAGAAUAGAAAUGGGCUGAGACUUCAUAAAAUAAAGAUAGACAGAUAUGGGAAUCCAAAUUAGAAAGAUUAACUAUGAGAAGUACUUUACAUGAAGAAAAGUUAAGAUAAUACAAAUUAAAAACAUAAUAAAGAGAAGAAUCUUUGGUUUAGUCAAUUGUUAAGAAAUUGGCUACUAAAGAAGAGGAUUUAAAAGGUAAUUUUAUAAUCAUUUUCAAUAGCCUUAAGAUAAUCUAAAGAGAAGGAAGAAUAAUUAAAAAUUAAAGAAGAAAAAUUAAGAAAAAAGAAAAUUGAAAAGAGUUUAAAGAAUAUUAAAUCUUAGUAAUUUGAUAAAGUUGAAAGUUUAUAAAAGAAGUUUUAAUUGCUUGAAGAUUUCUCAUAAAAAAGAAAAGAAGAUACAGAAAAUUAGAAAUAUUUAAAGAAAGAGAAAAUGAAAUUAAAAUAAUUAGAUCUUAUUGAAAAUUAUUAAAGAUAAGAGAGAUUGAAAGAUUUAAGAUUUAAAUAAUUGAUAAAAUCAACUUAAUAAUUAAAUGAAUAAAAAUCAUUAGAGAAAAUGUCUAAUGAACUUGUACGUAGAGCUUAACAAGAACUUUAAAGAAGAUUAAAGAAAGAUGCUGAAAAUUUAGAUUAGAGUUUAAUUAAUGUUAGUUAAGCUGAUGAAAAAGUCUUGAAGUAAUAAAAAAAUAUAUUUUUAGUUAAAAGGUUAGUUAACUUGAAAAGAAUUUAUCAAAUCUAGCUCAAAAUUCUAAAAUAUUAAAUUGA